GCCGUAGGAACGUUGUUAUUGUUCUGACGCUCCUUCAAGCUUUUGCUCCACGGCAGAAACUACGUAGUAAAACGACCAAGUGUGUUCGUGCGGGCAUGAGAGGAACUUCUGGAGAUAAUGUUAAGGUCCACCGGCUUCUUCCGAGGGAUUGACUGUCCGUUUUAUGCGGAGUACAGCGAGGGAAAAGGCAGCAAAAAUGGGUGCAAUAGACCGUACUGUCACUUCAGGCACAGCCAGCAGAGACGGUCGUCAUACGGAGCACCAGCAGAUAUUAAGAAGCAGCAUACUGCACACAAAGACCAAGGUUAUGAUCCUUUCAACCCAGAGGUUGUAAAGCCCCAGGAUCAGCAGAAUGGGGACCUCAGCGGUGCUCUGGAGAUGGUCAAUAAGGCCAUCGAGGAGGUCCGCAGCGAGGUGGAGAGAGAAAAGAGGAAGCUCUCUCGGAUUGGGGAUGAACCAUACGACCCCAGUGAAAGCUCCAGCAUGUCUUCAUCUGAUGCUGUUCAAAGUAAAGCACCACCUUCACACAUGGCCUACGACCCUGGGAGUUAUCAGAUGACGUCAGGAGGUUAUAAUCCCACCCCAGGCUGCAGCAAAUAUACCUUAGAUUCAGACAAGCAGGGGAACCACAGUAACUCAAUGGAAUAUGUCCCCACUUCAGUAAAAAAGGCUCCAUCUGGGAUAAACACAUACCAAAACCCUUCUCCUCCUCCCAGUCCAAAGUACUCAAACAGCACAUCCUCCUCCAAGUGUAAAUACACAGUGGACAAUUCUAGACCGAGUACAGAUAUGGAGUACGACCCUCUUUCCAACUACACGGCCGGAAUUGCUGUGAAAAGUAAGCGGGAAGAGGGUACGAAAGUUACUAAGCCACAUAAACUUCAAGGAUCAAACAUGCCUGAUGAGGAGUACGUCAUAGCUGUGAAAAAGCCACGGCUGCAGGGUGUAGACUCUAAAAAAUACACUUUCUCUGACUCCGAUGAGGAAAGCUCAGGGACGGAGUAUCGACCCACCUCGCUUAGUAAUGUUCAGCAGAGAAAGGGCAACAACAGUGGGUCUCUUUGGGAUAUAGAGAAGAAAGAAAGAACUGAAAGUACGCCUAAUGCACUGACACAGAGGAAUAAAGAAGACUCAGCAGGGGACUCAGAUGUCCAAGAAAGUGUGAAGCAUAAGGACAGCACAGAGAAAAAGAAAGUGGAAAGUCAAAGUAGUCACGGGAAAAGUGGCAAAUCAGAGAAAGCGUAUAAAGCUGAAAAGGAAGUAAACAAAAAAAGUGGUAGUAAGAGUGUUAGCAGCAGCAGUAAAGACAAAGGGUCAACAAAGAGCUCAAUCCAGGACUCUGCAAAGAAGGAGAACAAGAGUCAUGAAAAAAGAGAUGAUAGGAAAAACACAGUUAAGGCUAAAACCUCAGAUAAAACUCAGAGGGAAGGCAGACAAGAAAAAAGAAGUGAUGGGAAGACAAAAGUUGUAGAGAAAGUUAAAACAGACUCUAGAAAACGGGAUAAAGACACAGAAAAUCGUGCAAAGGAAAGCAAGAAACCCAAGCUUUCAGACAAAGACAAGGAACACAGUAAGUAUAAGGAGCACCAACACAAAAAUGGUAAACUUGAUAGCAAUAAAAGAGAAAAGGAUGGAAAGAAAACUAGCAAAAGCAGUUCUAGCAGUAGUAGCCAUAGUAAAGGGAGUUCUGCAAACAUCAAAGAAAAGGAGAAGCAUAAUAUCAGCUCCUCAAAUGGGAAAAGACUGGAGUGUAAAAAGAGAAGUCUGAGUCUCAGUCACGCUGAUCUGUUUGGAGACGAGAGUCCAGAUGAGGUUGAGCUGAUAGUUAUUGAUGAGACGGAUGAUGAAGAGGAAGAAAGACUGGUAAGAAAAUCUGCCGAUGCUUUGAAAAGAGGACGUCUGAACAAAAGGAAAGCAUCAGAACUGACUCCGUCUUCCUCUGAUGACGAGGGAGGUGAUGUUGUGGAGAUCAGGGCAGGCAAAGACAGAGUUGACAGUGUUGGAAUUGACUUCUCUAGUUUCCAAGAUGACCUGGACUUUGACUCCGAUCCUAUGGAGGAAUGUUUACGGAUUUUCAAUGAGUCCAAUGACGUUAAGAAGGAGGACAAGGGAAGGCAAGCUAAACAGCCCCCACGAGAGACAGAGGAGGAGAAAAGCACAGAGAGCACUUUAACCACUCUCUUUCCUGGUCAAAAGAAGAGAGUAUCCCAUUUUGUUGCCAAAGGAAAUACUGAUGCACCUUCAAAGCCUGUCGUUCAGCCAUACAAAAGACUCACAGCGCAGGAGGUCUGUUAUCGACGUAUGCAGAUGGCUCAGGAGCAAGCUGCUCAACUGUCUGCUUCAGUCAAAGCUUCUUCACAGAGCUCCAGCCCUGGCUUCUCUGGAGAGAAGAAGAGGAUAGCACACCGUCCAAACCCACAGAUGACAUCCCCCAAAACAAAUGUCAAACCAGCUGCCAGUCGAGUGCUUUCCCCGAGCCAGUCCCAUCAAACUGUCAAGACCCAAACCACUGCUGGCAUCUUGUCCAAGACCACGUCCACCGUCACACAGAAAAGGAUGGCACACACGCCCACAAUUAAGAGUAAUUCCAUGAAGCGACCCAUUAUCCCAACUGAAUUUGGGGCCAAAGUUCCCACCAACAUCCGCCAGCGCUACCUCAACACUUUCAUAGAUGAAUGUGUCAAAUUUUGCCCGUCAGAACAAGAGGCGAUCCAGAUGGCCCUGGAUGAGGAGAAGCUGGUGUAUGAGCGCAGUAGCAGUAAGAACAUCUACCUCAAUGUAGCUGUAAACACCCUGAAGAAGCUCCGCAGCAAGAGCAGCGCCGGUCCAUCACCUGUCACCAAGGAGCCAGGAUCUGCAGCUAACAGGAAAGCUCAGUCCCAUGAGGAGGUCCUGGGAGGUCGUCUGGCUGCUACAACCAGCUUCACGGUCAACAGGAUGGGUAGACAACAAGAGGAGAAACUUACAGGAACCACACUGUAUAGGAAGCUGAAGACAUACCUGAUGACAGAGGAGCAGCUCCAGGAGCAUGGAUACCCGAGACCAAACCCUGAGGCUGCAGGCAGAGCUCUCAUCUACAACCAGCCCGAGAAAAAAAACACCCCAGACCCAUUCAACAAAAUUUGCUGUCGAUGUGGAGCGGAAUAUAGAGUCAACGUUAACGGCAGCUGUGUUCGCAAAGAAGAAUGUAGCUUUCACUGGGGACGGCUGCGCAGGCAUAAAGUUGCUGGAGGCUGGGAGACAAACUACAGCUGCUGUGCUGCGGCUGUGGGCGCUCCUGGCUGCCAAGUUGCCAAGCAACACGUUCAGGACGGGCGUAAAGAGUCUUUAGACGGCUACGUCACAACAUUCAGUAAAUCGCUCCCACUUGAUGGUAAUGGAGGCGUGUUCGCCUUGGACUGUGAGAUGUGUUACACAAAGCAGGGUCUGGAGCUGACGAGGGUCACCGUCAUUGACUCUGAUAGGAAGGUCAUCUACGACACAUUUGUCAAACCUGAGAGCAAAGUGGUAGAUUACAACACACGGUUCUCAGGUGUGACAGAAGAAGACUUAGAGAAUGCUACCAUCACUCUGAGAGACGUCCAGGCCGUGCUGCUCAGUAUGUUCAGUGCUGAAUCCAUCCUCAUAGGACACAGUCUGGAGAGCGAUCUGCUCGCUCUGAAGCUGAUCCACAGUUCAGUCGUAGACACGGCCAUUGUGUUUCCUCACCGUCUUGGCUUACCCUACAAACGCGCCUUGAGGAAUUUGAUGGCCGACCACCUCAAACGCAUCAUCCAGGACAAUGUUGAAGGCCACGACUCGAGCGAGGAUGCCUCCGCCUGCAUGGAGCUGAUGAUCUGGAAGAUCAAGGAAGAUGCAAAGGUCAAAAGAUGACAACCGACCCCUCUUCACUUUCCCACCGUUCAGCUUCCUGCCUUCAUGUUGGUCACAGAGAGAAAAAGUGCAGGAGGCGUGUAUCUGAUCUCAGAGAGUGAAGGUCAGAGUGUGGAUGAUGCUGCCUAACAAAUAAAAACCAGUCAGUCAAAGCAAUAGGAGCCCAAAUAAAACAGGAAACACGCUUUUCAUUUGCUUAAAAGAAUUUCUGUUAUAAUAAUGUUACUUUACAUGUAUUCUGUUUAUUUGAGUCUUUUAAGGCCUCAAACAUUUUAAGGAGAAAACCUUUCUAUAGACUUAAACACCAGGGCAUUGUCCAACUAACAUUGCUGAUUGAUAUAUUAAUUGAAGGCUCUUUCAGUCUUAAUUGCACUAAAGAAAAUGCUCUUAUUUUAUAGGGCCUGAGUUUGAGUACCUCAUCUUUGUAAAGAAGCAUUGACUCCUAAUGAAUAACACGUUACUUGUUUUUUAGGUACACUAGAGUGCAGUCAUAUCUACGUGUGUCCAACAUUGCUCUGUAAAUGCACUUUUUUUCAUGUUGCACCUCCUUUUUUCAUCACUGAUGCUCUGUUUAUGGUGCAUUUCUUAUUGAAUUUGCUGGUCGGCCCCUAAACCCUUAUUAAUCCUAUAAUACUUGAUCACACUCUGCUACUACCUAUUUACUUGAUGGAAUAUAUCACUGUUGUUCAGAUAAAACACUGACCACCUGCAUGAAACACGUCAAAAUUAAUCAUUGUGAUAGCAGGUAUUAUUCCUCCAUUUUGACACAAAGAUAGGUUCAGUGUUGUUGAAUUAGGGUAGUAUUUGUUGAAUACAAACAAUCAUCAUUUAGUGGAUACCAGCUAACCUGUGCAGUUUUAUGUUAAAUUGACUGAAAAAAGUACUCAAGUGCUGUAAAUACGCAGUAAGCAGUUUCCUUUUUGUAUAUGUUCUUUUUUUGUUGUUUAUCUUUUUCUAUUAAAACGUAUUAGUAAAAGAAAAUUUCCCUCUGUUUUUUACAAAUUAGAAAAACCUCGAAGCAGACACAGUGAUGAAAUGUUAACAAGCA